GACUCUUAAACUGCUUUCAACGCAGAAGCUGCUGCUGUGCAGAUAUUGCACAUUCUCUUGCAGUCAUUUCCUUUACAGCUACACGGGCAUAGUUUCAGGAAACAGACGAAGUUAAUUUUCUUUUUCAGAUAAACUCAAAUCAUCAUGUCCGAGGAUCAAAACAAACAAAUGACUAUGGAAGUGAACACGGCGUUUCUUAAAUCCAAGAGAGGGAUCCUGAAAGAAGCAGAGAUGGUGAGAAAAACACUGAUCAGUUUGCAGAGUGAUACACGGCUAUAGCUCGAUAUGCCCGGUGACUCAUGUGGUGAAACCGUCUCAUAUUGAGAGUGGAAGUGAAGCUUAACUUGACGGUUGAACAUUUAGGUUGAUAGUGUUUUCAUGGUUGACUGCAGCGACAGAUCACUAAAGUGUAGAACAUUUUAGAGGCUAAAGACAAAACUGAAUCUCUUUUGUAUGUGGAAGUAGAAACAAACUCAGUUCCCCUUUCUUUAUUUAGGUGAAGCAACAUGUUGCAUAAAGGUUAAAACUUAAACAGAAGAGACGGUUCGGAGUUAAAAGCUCAGUAAAAGUCAUUUAACUGUACAAGAACCUGACAACAUAAGACUAAAGAAAUGUUUUGUUGAUGAUUUUUCUCUUGGUUUGGUCUGUUUUGUUGUUUCAGGGGACUCUGCUUGUGGCGCUUAUCUGUUUCUGUGUAGCUCCCGCACCAAAGUACAUCACCGCCACACUGCUGGAAUUUCUCAUCACUUCACUUCUGCUGUUGCUCUACAUGCUCAAACUCAACAAGAGGCUGACUUUCUUCUUCUGGCCUCUCGUAGUGAGUGGUGUUUUCUGGAAACUAUCAUCACACUUGUCUUUAUCUUUGUUUAUGUCUGAUUCAGAUCAUGUAUCUCCCUGUGCACGCAGCAGACAUGUCCUCAGGUUCUCCUCUGUUCUUCUUUGCAGGAUGUUUUCAACUCAACGUUUGCAGCGGUCUACUUCAUUAUCCUGAGCCUGUUGGCUGUGACUACAUAUACAGUCACAGGAACGCUGGUCGGAGGGGUGAGAAGAACUUUUUCUGUCUCAUUUUUCUUGGAUGGUUUUCUCUUUCAUGUAUCUGCAUUUGCCUCAGAGCAGUCACAAUCUCCCAUACAGUCAUCAGAUAGGAGAGAGUGGGGUAAGUUGAGCCAAAGGGUAAGUUGAGCCACCUCCUGUUAAAGGAAAUUGAUCAUGUGACUAAAUAUUUAGGAGAUGGGCAUCAAUUCAUGGAGUCUGUGAAGGUUAGAAGCACAUGGGUGAACAUUUUUCACUCUUGAAAGUGAAUUUAGUCUGUCAAACGUUUUUAUUAGAAUUGUGUUCAGACCAAAAAAAGAACAUUUUAAAUUUGUUUUAUACAUCAAUUGUGGUAUCUAUGAGCUACAACAUGAGGUCAAAAACAUAUCAUAGAAGUCCACAAUUUUAGCUUAGAGGACUAAUGAAGUUAUAGUAGUCGUUCUGGGGUAAAUUGAGCGAGAGUCUGAUGAGAGGAUCAGAGUUUCAGUUCAGAUUGUUAAAAUGUUUGACUUUUUCAUUCCUAAAAUACAGCUGUGAAUGUUCUGAAUCAUUUAAAGACAUUCUCAUGUUACAAUGACUUUUUACAAAACAGCUUUUCAGCAGUUAUAUGCAAUAAUAAAAAGAAUUAUUGUACCAGUUGAAUAGCGUAUAAUAGAUAAAAAAUACACAUGAAUAUGAAGAAGUGACUGUUAUUUAGGGAGAGAGAAGGUGAGGGAGGGCUGGGAUACGGCUCAACUUACCCCACUCCACUCCACCCUGUCAACUUACCCCAUACACGGGAUAAGUUGACCAUGGGAGACCACUUUUUUGUCAUGCUUUAUUAUCAAGACAGUUCUGUUUACACUCAUUCUGUUGGUUUUCAGGGAUGGUCAACAUCCUGAAAUAUCUGCAGAUACACUAGUUAGAGACAAAACUAUGAUUGUCUUGAUGUAGUGAUCUGAAACAUGAAAAAUGGCUCAUCUUACCCCACUCUCCCCCUAUAAUGUAGUGUGUUGAUGAUGCAUUCAUUUUUCAAUCUGCCUUGUAUUUGCAGAUUGCUGGUUUCCUGACUGCUGGUCUGCUGUGUGUGGACAGUUUUACACUUUUCAAGAACAUCACAUUCAACAAGCCAAGAAGUGAAGCCCAGAAUGAAGACAAGCAAUGAAUGCAUGAAUUGUAGUAAAAUGUUAAAGUGUAUUAAACAUCCAGUGAUAACAUAUGGCCUAUAAUCUGGAAAAAGUAAGCUUACUAUCAGGGUGUGUGGUGCAAUAAGUCUGAGGACCUUCCAGCAUAUUUAAGAUUCCAGCUUCUGCUCCUAACUUCAAACAUGUCUGCAUGUUUUAAAUACAUUUUGUUGAGCAAACAAAUGUCAAUAAAGAUUUUCUGUGCCAUGUGA